CUUUUUCAUUACUAUUUUCAUUUUUCAAGUUUUCCAGUGAAUUGAUUGAAAGGACGAAUAUACACAGUAGAUUUUGUGUCUUUUUAAUUGAUUUUUGAUCUUCUCGUUGUAUUUUUACGGAGGAAGUGAUAAGAUUAAGUCCGUAACGACCUAAUGUCGUAGUUCCUCCAGUUGUGUGUUGGGAUUAAAUCGAUUUAUGUAAUGCGAAAUAAGUAAUUGCUGGAAGCAAUAUGAAAAUCUUCAUUGGUUUGAGUUUUGUUUUGUAUUAUUUGGCGGUAUGUCGGGCUUCAGGGACGGACAUCGCACUGGACGCGAAAGCGACGUUAUUACAUCGUAUCGACAGCUUAAAUCUCCUGAUUUAUACUUGCCUCCUGACCCUAACUGUGCUGACGAUUUGGGUAUUCAAACACCGUCGGGUGAGCUGGCUGAACGAAACAGGACUAGCUGUGAUAUAUGGACUGAUAGUAGGUGCAAUCAUUCGCUAUGCAGGCAGUACGAACCAAGUCACAUACAUUGAUGCACAUCCAGACCCCGACACGAAAUACAACCUGUCCGUACCACCGGAUGUGCUACGGUUCCAUUUCCCAGACAAAAUACAGAUCUCUUCCGGAGAAAUCCCAGUACCAAAUAAGACAUACGCUUAUAGCUUCAGAGGUGAAAUUCACAACUUGGAGCAAAAUGAGAUAGAUCUGAAAGCUACAUUUGAUCCUGAAAUAUUUUUCAACAUCAUUUUACCUCCUAUAAUAUUCCACGCGGGAUAUUGCCUCAAAAGAAAAUACUUCUUCCGCAACUUAGGCGCCAUAUUGACGUUCGCAAUGGUCGGUACGGCUCUGUCGGCGCUGGUGAUCGGUGCUAUAAUGUAUGGUUGUGUACAGUUGAUGCCGAAGUCCUUAGCAGCCAGUUUUACCUUCCUCGACACUUUAUACUUCGGGGCUCUCAUUUCGCCUACCGACCCGCUCACUAUUCUUGCCAUAUUCUCCCAGUUAAAGGUGGACGUCAACCUAUACGCUAUGAUAUUCGGCGAGAGUGUCCUCAACGACGCGGUGGCUUUAGUACUCAGCGGAGCCAUCCAGAACUAUGAGAAGAGGUACUCAAAUGACGGCGGGUUCGAGAUCACAGCGUUUCUCGGCGCCAUCGGAGACUUCAUCGGGAUAUUCAGCCUGUCGCUCCUCGUUGGAGCCCUGAUGGGCUGCUUCACUGCAUUGAUAUCGAAGUUCACCCACGUGCGGGAGUGGCCGCUGCUGGAGUCAGCACUCUUCGUAUUGAUGUCGUACGCCGCGUUCCUCAUCGCUGAAGUCUGUGAACUUACAGGUGUAGUAGCAGUAUUAUUCUGCGGCAUAUGCCAAGCGCACUAUACAUACAACAACUUGUCGUCUGACUCCCGCAACCGCACCAAACAGCUGUUCGAGCUGCUCAACUUCCUGGCAGAGAACUUCAUAUUCACAUACAUCGGCGUCUCCAUGUUCACAUUCCCAAAACACCACUUCGACCCCUGGUUCAUCUUCGCUGGAUUUGUAACUUCAUUCUUGGGUCGAGCGGUGAACAUCUACCCGCUAUCGUUUCUGCUCAAUCUCGGACGGAAGCCACCCAUCCCGAUGAACUUCCAACACAUGCUUUUCUUCUCAGGUCUCCGCGGCGCGAUGUCGUUCGCCCUAGCCAUCCGCAACACAGUGUCCGAGUCCAGACAAGCCAUGUUGACGACCACCUCUCUCAUCGUCAUCGCGACUGUCGUGCUGCAAGGCGGGGCCGCGACACACGCUCUCGCCUACCUGCGUAUACCUACUGGACAAGGACAAAACGAUGAAAACGAGGCAUUGCCGUACCGCGACGUGAGAAGUCUGUACCAGGCCACGGACACUGGCGGAGCGACUGGCCGCAUGGUAGUUAAAUGGGACAAAGGCGACAAUGGAGUGAUAAUGCCUUGGCAACUAAACCAUUUGGCAGAAACGCCGCGAGGCUCAGGCGACGGUAGUAGCGGGGAGAAGGCCCGCCUCGCGCGGCUAUGGGGUGCAGUAGACUCAAGAUUGCUGAAGCCCCUACUUACCCACGCCCGGCCGCCGCUCACGGAGACCCUCCCUGCUUUCAUGAGGCCCAUCGCUCGGGUGCUCACCACCACGCAUCAGUACACGCAAGCUGAUAGCACACUACGCCGAACGGACUCUGAUUCGGAUCUCUGCAUCGAUGAGAACCCAGUGCCCACAACUAUAGAUCCUCAGCUAUCAAUAAAUUCUCGGAACGGAUAUGGGCAUGUCUAAGCUUUAUAACAUUAGUGACUAUCGGCUGUGAUACAAAAGAUUUAGACGUAUUAUAGUGAAAUUGUAAAUUAAUAGGAAAUUGUUUUUUAAAUGCACGCAGCAAUUAUGGCCUGGAUUAGUGGACACGCGGAUCUCAGUAGAAGGUAUCACUGGAAGUAACAUCUAGACACUUAGAUAGGCAAACAAAAGAGUGCCACAAUUUGAUAAACUUGAUGUGAUUUGCGAUCAUUAUAAGCUAAACAUUCGCCAAUUUUGUAAAUAUCCAAAUUGAACACAAUAUGCAAUGUUUUCUUUAUAAGUUUGCUAAAUAUUUUUUGCAGUUUGUGAUAAAUAAUUGUGACAAAUAUACGAUAUUUACAAAUCAUUAGCUACAAUGCAAUUAGGAUUAUGUAAGGCAGGAGUCAUGUAAUGAGCACUCUGAUUAGUGGAUAAUUUGUUAACUUUUAGUUGUAAAUGGGGGGCCUGGAUACUGUACUUCCACGACUAGCAUUUAGUACACCAUUUUGUAACUAGACCUGCGUGUAUGUGCAAACUACUAUGUACUGUUUUCUUACAUGUAUAAAAAUGUUAUAGUUUCAGGCCCUGUAAGCUUACUACUUAUAGUUUUCUUUCGUGUUCCUUCUAUAUCGAUCUUAUCUAAAGCAGAAAUAGUUUUCUGGCAAUCUAGUCUACAUAGCUAUCCAGUAUAAAUUGUAGAACAAUAUCGGUCCUAGUUUUAUGUUGUUGAAAUUAUCCAUUUAAUGGGUUAGGUACUAAUUUCUUAAAAGGUUUAGGGUUUAUAGUUUUAAUUCGAUUCAAGUAUAAAAAACACUAUUUUUGAUCAUGAAUUCUGUAAAAAAUUGUUAUUCUACUCGUCCUUUUUCUGGUUUUUGAAACCAUAGUUUUACAUUUAGAUAUAAUCACACUAAAUGUGUAUUGCAUGUAAAAUCCAUGAACUAUUUUUUCAUGAAUUUUUAAUCUGAAAUCUACUUUUUUAUACAAGUUUAGUUUCCAAAGCUGGUUUUUAACAGUUUAUUGUAGUUUUACUUUUGAUUUACAUGACAUUUCUUGGUAAUCCGAGUGUUUUGUGUAAGUUCUAUUAAUAUUUUUUACAUUUGCCUGUUUACAUGUUUAUCCUGGUGUCAACAUAAAGAUCUGUGUGUUUAACAGGGUUACCUAUAGUUACGCUCUUGAUUGUUUUUAACUUAUGAAUUAUUAUUUUUGAAGUUUGUGAUGUAAACUGAAAAAUAUGGAAGACAUAAUUAUGUGUAAUAAAAUUGACUGAAAAUA